CAAAUAUCAUUCGCCAACGCUCUUGACUUGAACAUCUCUUCGCGUGUUUUACACGAUCUAGUUAUCAUUCAUCUAUGAGAAGAAGAAUGACUGCAACAGCCUUCGCUCCAAACCUAACCCUAAAGGCCGUCGGGGACGAUGUAUCUCAGAAAUGGCAUGGCGCUGUAACGGAUGAAAUCGGAGGGCUCAUCCGAGUGUACAAAGAUGGACAUGUGGAACGACCCAACAUCGUCCCUUUCGUCUCCUCCGCAUUGCCUCAAGAGCUUGGCGUGACAUCAACCGAUAUGGUCGUCGACAAGUUCACAAACGUCUGGGCGAGAGUCUACGUCCCAAACCACGUACAAAACCAGCUCGUCCCGUUGAUUGUGUACUUCCACGGUGGUGGCUUCUGUGUCGGCUCGGCCGGUUGGAACUGCUAUCACGAGUUCCUUGCCAAGCUAGCCCUCAAAGUCAACUGCGUGAUCAUGUCCGUUAAUUAUCGGCUUGCGCCAGAGAACCCUCUCCCGGCUGCCUAUGAUGACGGCUUUAAGGCCUUGACAUGGCUUGGACAGCGACUCCAAGGAGCCUCUAGCGAGUGGUGGAUGAGGCAGUGUGACUUCUCAAGAGUCUUCCUCGCCGGCGACAGUGCCGGAGCCAACGUAGCUCACCAUUUGGCCACGAGACUCGCUUCCAAUAAUGGCACCAAGCUCAAAGCAGUGAACUCGCUAUGCUUCAAGGGCGCGAUCUUGAUACAACCCUUCUUCGGAGGCGAGGCGAGGACGGAGUCGGAGAAGCGCACCCCACAACCGCCCGGUUCAGCACUCACUGUGGCCGCCUCCGACACAUACUGGCGGCUGGCCUUGCCGCGCGGAAGCAGCCGGGACCAUCCUUGGUGUAAUCCACUUAAACAAGACAAGCGCAGUGGCUGCAAUUUGGAGAAACUGAGGGUUUUGCCUCGUACUUUAGUGUGCAUAUCGGAGAGGGACAUACUGAGAGACAGAAACGUGGAGUAUUGCGAAGCUUUGGCUAAAGCGGGCAAUGUUGUUGAAUGCAUAGUGUACGACGGAGUCGGCCAUGCGUUUCAGGUUCUUAGCAAGUCGAACACGGCGCAAGCUCGUGCGCUAGAAAUGAUGUCUCAUGUCAGGGCCUUCGUUCAUCGGUGAUCUUUUGGGUCUACGGCAAACGAUGUCCAGAUUCAUAUCCCCGUUUUAGUGUCUGAUUAUUUGACAUAUUCAUUUGUCGUAUGUUUACAUCUAUCUGUCCAAAUUAAAUGACAUAGAGGACCAUCUAUGAUGUUAUAUACUGAGUCUUUUAAGUCA